AUGAUCGAGAGUCUUGCAUCGGAGGAAACCUUUCCUGGUUUGCGCUCCAGUCGGCGUGCUGAUGAUCAGGCUUUCCUGCAGGACCUCGAGUCCACACUGUAUCUCCGCCGCCAUCUCCCAUGGCGGUCAUGGAGCACCCCACAACCAUGGUGGCCAUCCGCGAUCACCAAGAAGGAUGGUGCAUGCUUUGUUGCCCUGUCUGUGCUUUGUUGCCCUGGUGCCCUGUUUUUCUUCCUGGUAUUUUCCAACCGGUUGCAUGUAUUGGUGUGA